AUGGACGGCCAAAAUGACCUGUCCAAAUAUAUCCAGCAGCUGGAACUCUUCCGGCAGCAUGAUUACAACCGCGAUCAGAUGAUUCAGGAAAUAUUAGUCCGCUAUGAGCGUCUGCAGCGAGAUUAUCUGGAAAAAUGCGACGACUACAGUAACGAGGUCGAAUCUCGUCGCAUGUGGCAAACCAAGGCGCAAAAGGCCGACAGAGAGGUUCAGAUGUUAAGCAAGACUAGCGAAUCUAAUCCUUUUGUUUUCGUUAUUAUCGACGGAGAUGGUGCCGUUUUCCAGGACGCUCUGCUCAGAGCCGGCGCCGACGGCGGUGCUCGAGCUGGCUAUCUCCUGAGCAAUGAGAUAAGAAAUUACGUUACCGACGCCUACCCUCAGACGGCAAGCCAGGAUUGGAACAUUGUUGUCCAGGUCGUACUUAACCUCGAUGGUCUUGCCAAAAAGCUCCAUGCCUCCGGCAUCGUCCCCAACACUGUCGCAGAGCGCACCCUGGCCGAUUUCGGUCGCGGGUUUGGCCGCUCACAACCUCUUUUCAGCUUCAUUGACGUCGGCUCGGGCAAGGAGUCUGCCGACCACAAGAUCCGCGAGAUGCUGCGUCUCAUGGUUCGCGUCACCCAGUGCAAGCACAUCUUCUUCGGUCCCUGUCACGAUAACGGUUAUUUGCCUGUUCUGGAGCCUUACAACCUCGAUCCCAACGUUAACCCACGCCUGACACUUAUUGAGACUACUCCGGCCGAGGAAGGAUUCAAGCAUUUGAACUUUCAUAGAAUCAGCUUCAAGUCCGUCUUCAGGACCGAGAAGCUGCCCGACAGAGUCGAACGAACAAUCGUGUCGACCAUUACCGCGACCGCCGGCAUGCAGCCACUGCCGCCGCCGACUAGUUUCACUCAGCCAAACGGUUCCGCCAGCAACGGUAAUGGCGGUGCGCUACUGAGAAGCAACACAAACGAGAGCCAGCCGCCUCGCGUCACUAGUCCGUCCUCGAGCGGCGGUGCUCAGACGCCCACCUCUUGGUCUACCCUCACCAAGUCCGUCGCGCCCAAGACGAUCGACAUUUCAUCUAAAAAGACUGCUCCCAAAAAGUACUACCUUCUCAAUGCCGAAAGCCAGCGCGUCGACGAGGCGCUUCCGCGCACCGAUCCGACCGCCGAGAAGCGGUUUAAAGACCGCAUGAAUAAGCUAGGCAACGUCUGCAACGCCUUCCACCUACACAACAACUGCAAGAAUGGGGACGAUUGCGGGUACUCUCACGGCGAGAGACUGAGUCCGGGAGAACUCCUGGUACUCAAGCAGAAGAAACCGCGUGUGAGGGUUUUCGAGGAUGGCAACACCCAAAUCAUGGCCGCCUAG